UCCCAGCUGGAAGAAAGGAAAGAGCCCUGGGUCCCAGACCUCCUGGGUUCAGAGAAAAGGGAGAUCCUGAGAGGUCCCUGCACAGCAGGUGACGCGAUGGUGAGUGAGAACGAGGAGCAGAAUUCUCAGCAGGAAGAUCCUGAGCAAGUGGAAUCACACAGCGCAUUAUUGCAACGCUCCAAAGGAGAUGUGUCCAGGAGUCACGAGCAGGGAACAGCCUAUGAGAUUCAGCACAGAGCGGAGAGGGAGCAGGAAAAACAGCCAGGGGAGAAAAUGGGAAAAUUAAUUUACUGUUGGGGAACUCACAAGGACUUGAAGGACACCACAGCCCAGCAAGAAAUCCUCAGGGGGAAGAGAAAAACUACAUGCCCCGAGUGCGGGAAAAGCUUUAGUCACUGCUCAUCCCUUAUCAGACAUCAGAGAAUUCACACAGGGGAAAGACCCUACGAAUGCUGUGAGUGCGGGAAAAGCUUCACUAACAACUCAAGCCUUAUUACGCACCAGAGAAUCCACACCGGGGAGAGACCCUAUGAAUGCAGGGAGUGUGGGAAAAGCUUCACCGACAGCUCACACCUUACUAAGCAUCACAAAGUCCACACUGGGCAGGGACUCUAUGAAUGCGGUGAGUGUGGGAAAAGCUUCACGGAUAGCUCGGCCCUUCUGAAACAUCACAGAAUCCACACGGGCGAGAGACCCUACGUAUGCUGCGAGUGUCGGAAAGCCUUCAGUCAGAGCUUUGAGCUUACUAGACAUCAGAGAAUCCACACAGGGGAGCGACCGUAUGGAUGCUGCGAGUGCGGGAAAAGCUUCAUUCAGCACUCACACCUCAUUAGGCAUCAGAGAAACCACACAGGUGAGCGACCCUAUAAAUGCGGUGAGUGCGGGAAAAGCUUCACUCAGAGCUCAGACCUGAUUAUACAUCAAAGAAUGCACACGGGGGAGAGACCUUACGUAUGCUCCGCGUGUGGGAAAACCUUCAUUCAGCAUUCACACCUCAUUCGGCAUCAGAGAAACCACACGGGGGAGAAACCCUAUGAGUGCUGCGAGUGUGAGAAGACCUUCAUUCAGCUGUCAGAACUUACUCGACAUGAAAGAAUCCACACAGGAGAGAAGCCCUAUGAAUGCCGUGAGUGUGGGACAAGGUUCACUCAGAGCUCAUCCCUUAAAUAUCAUCAGAAAAUCUGCAAGGGAGAUAAACCCCAUAAAAACGUCACAGGCUAGCCAGACAUUUUCUUCUCUAAUACUUUUGCUAAUUUCCAUGUAGUAACCUUUAAGGCUGUUUGAACCAUUUGCACCACCAUUAUCCCUCAGCUUGUCCAGAUGAGUUGCCCAUUUUUGCCAUUUUGCCCUGUUUUGGAGUGGACCCGGUUGUCCUUGCUAUCAACUCCAUUGUCCCAGAAGUAAUGGGAGUGCGUCUCUUCUUCCAGGAAACAAGGAGCAUCACGUUUAUACCGUUCCUCCUAUUGCAAAGUUAUUGUUAGGGUCAUCAGUGAUACAGAUUGUUUCAUUCUCAGCUGUUCUCACGUUGCUCUGGGUUGUGCUGAAGAGGUUAUUUGUUGACCUUUUUUCAUUAUAUUUAAAUGAAGAGGAGCAGUGGCAGGGAAAAACAUGUCAUUUCAGCCUCGGUGACACUGGAAGGAGAUGGGGUGACUCAGAGAUUCCUUCCUUCCCCAUCACUCCAGAAAUGUUCACACCUCUCUGAGCUAUGCAGAGUUUAUCUUCUUCACAUUCCAUCCCUCUGCUUCUCAAAGUGUCAUGUGAUGCAGUGUUCUCAGCUGUCUGUGCUUGGAGAAGAUGCUUUGACUUCUUUAAUCCUUUAUCAGAGUCACUAUGGCUGGAGAUGAAAGUGUCAAAGACUUGGAAGGGGAAUUCAAAUGGAUCCCAAACACAGUGGGAUGAUUUGCAGUUUAAUCCCAGUUUCCAACUAUUGGCCAAGCCACCUGGGGGAAGAUUGGCUGUAUUUUCCUCAUUAUGAGGAUGCUAAAAUGCUAAAACUUUUGUAAAUUACACAACUUGACAGUGCCGAAUGAAGCAGGUUUGAAUGGAUCAGAGGAGAACGUGGUGGGAGAAUCUCUUGUCCCAAUUCUGAGUUAUUAGAUGUAACCUGCUCUGGAACUUCACUCAGCACUUUCACUGUCAUGUAUUCUGUCUCUCUGUGAUGUGGGUUUCUAUCUUUCCUGAAAAGUUGUUUGGUCGCCCAAUUAGAUAUUAGUUUACUUUGAUGGGAUGUAGCUCACAUUUAUUGGAGACUUUGAGACAAAUGACCAGUUGCUAAAGUCAUUACUUCUCACUUCAGCGCUGCUUUUCCCCCAUCCCUCCAUGAUGACGUGGAGAAAGUUCAAGUGCCGUUCACUCAACAGGAGAGAAGUCUCCAAUUUACUGGCCAUGUUAACAAAGCAGCAGCCGUGAUUUAAAAUCUCCACUGGGAAAUGGUGAACAGCAGCAGAACCCCAACUAACUGAAGCAAGUGCAGAUGAUCACAGUGGAGUUCAGUUGUUUAAGCCAGCAGUUCUCAAACUUCAUUGCACUGUGACCCCCGUCUGACAACAAAAAUUAAUCCCCAGUGGAAGCAGUGCGGAGUGGAUGAAGCCACACCUGAGUCCAGCUGUGUGUGGGGGGAGGGGAAUGAAGCUGCACCCCAAGUCCUGCCAUAUGCGGGGGCUGAAGCUGCAGAAAAAUAUCUAUUUUUGACUAGAAACUCCACCUCUGGUAACUUAACGAGAUUCUGGUCCAGGCCUGUAGCUAGUUCCUAGCCUUGACCCAUGCCACCAAGUUAAAGAAACACUGGGCAUGUUUGGGGAAGCCGUUCCACACUAGCAUGGCUGAGAUUUUUGAGUUGUUUGGUAAAGGGUUCUACUUCAGAGAAAUUUACUAUAACCCAGGCCAAUGAUUUAGAAAGAAGGAGGGUGGAAAUAGUAUAUACCUUGUUCUUGGUUUUCACCCAGUAAGGGUCAGUGGUGACCCAUGGCCCAAGGAAAAUUGUUUGUAUAACACCACUUCCUAGUUAAGUGUCACGCUUACAGUCCCAAAGGAUGCCAGGGUUAGAUUGAGAACAAUCAUCUUUCACCGUUUGAAUCCAGGAGGCAAAUAGAGAGUCCUUCCGAGGACAUUCCUUCCCUGUGAAUCCCAAACUGGCGGCCGCUGCCAUGCUGUGGAAAUGAUGGUAAGCAAUGAGGGAAUGAACGGGUCAGGCUCCAGUUGACUGCAGGAUACACAAAUGUUCGAGUUCUGAUCUCUGCUUUUGCGUUUUAGGACUCAUGUACACUCAAAAUGCUACAUCGGCACGGCUGCACCAGUGGAACUGCGCCCCUGCAGUGCUUUAAUGACAAACCUAUAACAUGAAGGGAGAGAGCUCUCUUGUCAGCUUAGGUAAUCCAUCUCCCCAGGAGGUGGUAGCUUUGUCAGCAGGAGAAGCUCUCCCGCCGACACGGUGCUGUCUGCAGGGGGUGACAUUGUGUACCUCAGAGUAGCACCCCGGAAUCCCCAUAUUCACCACUGCCAUAUGACGGACAUGUUUUGUGCAAUGCAGGCCUUGUGAGGGAUCAUUUUAAAAGUCUAGCUCUGUUGAACCGUAAUAUCUUGUUGAAUUGUAGGUACGAUCCUUGUAUGUGAAGUUGUGAAGUACUGCUAUGUGUGUUACUGAAAUACGCUGUGAGGUUGGGAAACGCCCAGAGCCAACCUUUCUGCUGCAACAAAGGAGAAGCUGUCGCUGGCCAGACAGGCACUGAUGGCUCAUCAAGAAGAAUCCAUUCUCCCAGAGGCUCCUUAGAGAGGGAACGUAUGCAGUGGGGACAGCCGAACCCAGGGGUCGACAGCCUUUCAGAAGUGGGGUGCCGAGUCUUCACUUACUCACUUUAACUUAAGGUUCUGCAUGCCG